AUGUUGGAAUUUAUGUUGUGGAAAUGUGUUCCAGUGACCCCAAGACCCCAAAAUCCCUCCUCCCUCGCUCCCCGCCCGAAAUCCCUCGGACCCCAGGACCCCAAGACCCCAGGACCCCCAAAUCCUUACCUCCCUCGCUCCCCGCCCGAAAUCCCUCUGACUCAGGACCCCAAGACCCCAAAAUCCCUCCUCCCUCGCUCCCCGCCCGAAAUCCCUCGGACCCCAGGACCCCAGGACCCCCAAAUCCUGAUAUCCCUCGCUCCCCGCCUGAAAUCCCUCAGACCCCAGGACCCCAAGACCCCAAAAUCCCUCCUCCCUCGCUCCCCGCCCGAAAUCCCUCGGACCCCAGGACCCCAAGACCCCAGGACCCCCAAAUCCUUACCUCCCUCGCUCCCCGCCCGAAAUCCCUCUGACUCAGGACCCCAAGACCCCAAAAUCCCUCCUCCUUCGCUCCCCGCCCGAAAUCCCUCGGACCCCAGGACCCCAGGACCCCCAAAUCCUUACCUCCCUCGCUCCCCGCCCGAAAUCCCUCGGACCCCAGGACCCCAGAAUCCUUACCUCCCUCGCUCCCCGCCCGAAAUCCCUCGCGCCCCAAGACCUCGACGCGAACCCCGGUCAUUACACAGUCAUGGAGCCUUCUGA